GCACUUUAGCUGGAGCUGGGGAGAAGACAGUUUCAUCUGGAUUUCGAAAGACACAUAUUUCGGCUCAUCAUGGCAAAUCUUGUUGCUGCCAUCAUUCUUUUGGAAUUCCUUGGCUUAUUGGAUGCAAACAAGGAUACAUGUGAUGUCUAUGGAGCAGUCGGACAAAAUUUGAUGUUACCAUUUGCUCAUAAGGAUCUGAAAAAUAACUUGAAAUGGACUCACAACAACACAGUCAUCUUCCAAAGAAUGAAAGGAAAGGUGCUUCAUGGAAAACCGGAGGACAUCUCUUCCACUGGAUCUCUUUUACUGAAGAAUCUUCAAUUCGCAAGUGCAGGGAAUUACAAAGCAAGUGUUUGGCAUUCUAAUGGCACUUUAGAAAAAGAAUGGGACAGGCACCUCUGUGUGAUGGACAAAGUGCCAAAACCUCAACUGACUUACAUCUGUGACUUUAAGUCCAAUGCUGUUAAACUUCACUGCAGUGUGUCCAAACCACAUUAUUUGAAUUACUCAUGGAUGAUUGAUGAGAGGAUUUUAACGAAUGAAAAGACUCAAAGUCUGAGCAUUUCUUUGAUGGAGGUGAAAGAAGAGAGAAGGUUUUCUUGCAGCGUAGAAAACAACAUCAGCAAAGAAAGCAGCGACGGUGUUCGGCUGACGUGUAAAACAUCAUCUGCUCCUUUGCUUUGUUUUCCAAAAUUGGUUGUCAUGGCUGUGCUUGCAGGAGGAGCAGGUUUGAUUCUUCUUUUACUCAUUGUUAUCAUAGCAUUAUGCUGCUGCUGCAAACACAAAAAAAGACGCGCAACAGUUGAGGAAGAAGACAAACCAGAGAUUAUUUCUAUGAGCAACAGAGAGCCUAACUCCCCCAGCUAUGACUAUGAGCAAAUGCACGCCAUUGACAGCUUUUUACUUUCAACCUCCCAGGACUCAGGGGGAACAGAGUAUGCGAGUGUGUCAAAACUGAAAGCUCAGACUGAAAAUCUGCCUAAGCAACUAUCUACACCUGCUGAGGUCCAACUGAAGGCCUCCCCAGUGCCAAAGCCAAGGACAAAGAUGGCCACAAAAGCAAACAUCUGAAUGUUCCCACCUCUACACAGACUUCUGGGAACCAAAAGGUAUAUGAGAUGAGAAAAUCAUGGAGCAGUUUUGCUCAGACUGACAAAGCGGAAUGUGGAACCCUUAGCCAUAACAAAAACCAAGGACAGUUUGUUCUGUGUGGUUUGAAAACAGGAAGCAUUUAAGUAAUGUGAUUUACAGUGUUUAACAGUUUGUUAUUUUGUCUCGUAAAAGCUCAAACUUUUUCCUCCAAGCUGUGCAAAGACUUGACCUUUUUGUGUUUUUAAUGACUGCUUUAAACAAUUGCUUCUCAGCUUGACCACAUCUUGGUGUAUAAAUUAAAUAAGAAAACCAAAUUACAUUAUUGGGAAUUGUUACCAAAUUUUGUUGCACUGUUUCACAACUGGACCAGGAUGGAAUUCAAUCCACUUGUGUUGUAUUUGUAAUGUCCCUAACUGUUAAAUAAAAUUCAAGCUGUUUGUUUGAUCUUCAUGGGAAA